AUGUAUGAAGCCAACAAAGGCCGUUGUGAGUAAAAAAAAAAUGCUCAUUUAUUUUAAAGUAGGACUGUCACAUGUGAGAUUUUUGCACAGCGUUGGGGCUUUUUUUCAAUAAAAUCCAAACUGCGUGAUUUGAAAUCUGAAUGUCAAGAUUAAGGGUAAAAUAGCUGAUUUGUAAAAUAUUAUUCAACACGGUUAUCAUUGCACUUUGCCUUUUUUAGCCGGCGUUUUGCAUUCUGUUUUCAAUCCACCACAGUUCAGUUUAGUGCACAAACCACCCUGACUAAACUGACUAAAACUAAAAAACUAACAAAAAGCCUGAAAAUGUAACUGUCCGGUCGAGUUUAGGAUUGUUGGGAGGUAACCUACAAUAUAUAGUUAUACACGGUAAUAUUAUUAUCAUUCUGGAACUGUUUAGACUUUUACAAUACAUUUUGUUUCAGUGGAAAUCAUGCUGCCCUGUAUAAUUUUGAACUAAAAAUCCCUUGAUGGUUUGCCAGGAAUAAUUGCUGCUGUAUAGCGAAGUUUCUGACAUCAUAAAUAUUGUGAGGGAUCUAUACCAUAUUCACUAAAAAAACAGGGUAUUGUGGGAGAUAGACAAAGAGAUGAAAAUGUUUUGCCUAAAUGGACAAACGUGAAAUAUGGUCCAAUUCUGAUAAUUUUUUUAGUGGAGUUGUUUUGGUCUAAAAUGUGUAAUUUCCUUGUCAGUUCUCAACAAUUUCUUGUUUAGUGAAUGAAUCCUUUAAUGUUAAAGAGGCACGCUAUGCACCAUAACCACUACAGCUCAGGGUAUUGGUUUUGAUGUAAACGCUAUGAGCGCUGUGCCAGGUCUUUUUGUCAACCUGUUUCUCAAAAAACAGUGCUCACCAGUCCUCGCUCCACUCAGACUGAUAAUCCCCAAUUUACACUUCCACAUUGACAGUUUAAUUCCAUUUUAACUGGAAGGUUAACCUAUGGUUGGUUUUAAAGUGCUGGGGGCACCCUUAGCCUAUCACUGUCAUCCAGGAUGGAUGGAAUAUUGGGAAUGCUGAAGGCAAUCAUGCCCCCCUCUUUCCAGCCAUCAUUAAUGCGCCACUGGCAUGUGUCCACUAUGGCCUUACCCUGUCCCAGCUCUAUUUCCUACCUCCAGAUAUUGAAAGGCUGGACAUACUAAUAUGCGUGGGAUUUCUAAAUAUGUAUAUAGUUAUAUACUAAAGUCAGAAUUGUCGGGAAUUCAAAGAGAGAGUUUCAAAUCUAAAGCCAAAAUAGCUGAAUUAAAAAUAUUGUCAGGGAUGCUUUCAGUUUGGCUAUUUUAGUUUAAAAUAUUACAUUCAAAUUUAAAUAGCUCUGUGUGUCUUUUAAGAGCUGAUGUCCUAUAUCUAAACACCCCUGCUCUAACGGCUGUGUUUAAAAUCAAUUUAACAUUUAAAAAUAUAUAUUGUAAUGAACUGAGUGCACUUGCAAUUCCUGUCUCGGGUGCGGGGGGUAUAAUACUUAGCUAUUGUUUAAAGGGUUACUCGAAGCAUCAUAAUCAGUACAGCCCACAGGUUAUAUUGGUUAUUAUUCUGGCUCCAUUUCCCGGUAGUGGGGCAAACUGUUUUGUAACAGUUUGCCCUUUUACCUAAGUCCCUUCCUAGAAACGACUGUCCUCCUGUGGCAGAGCUGCAGAAACCCAAAGUUGGUUCCAAUGGCUAUUCAUUGGCUAUUUAUCUGGCCCGGAACUCUGGCUAAUGACGGGGCAGGAGGUGGGGUUAAACUGUGUGUAGCAUUUCAAAGCGAAAUGCUACACAUGCAGACUACAAGCUCCAUGACCACUUAAAAUAACUGGAUGCUUAUUGAACCUUUAUUUUAUUUGACUUGUUGGCAAUAUUUUACUUAUUUGACUUGUUGGCAAAAAUACAUAUCAGUAGUGCUAAUAAUUUUCUCUUGAAUAAUUAUUCCCCCAGCCUUCUUAGACCCACGACACAUUAUAACUCACUUGGAUGUUGCUGUUCGACUUGGUCGCACUAAACGUUGUCAGAAUGGUAUUUGCCUGUGGCCUAAAUCUCAGGAUGGCAAUGUUUAUGUUCCUUAUAAAACGUCCAGUUCAUUCCGUAAGUACACAGCAGCUAAUAACCACAUGAUAAUAGAGUCGAUGUAAAAAAGCUGUGACUACAAGAAAACUCCUGUAGAUGGCCAUUAUCUACUGGCAGGAUGAUUGACUAAAGUAUUAAUUGUCAUGAAUUUAAAGUGAAAAUUAGCCAGAUUGAGAACUGUCUGGGAGAAUUUUACCAAUCAUGGUCUGAAAUUUUAGCCUGUAAAACUAGGGACGUUAGACCUGCCAUAUUUUUUCUGUACACAACUAGCUUCUGUAAACCGAUGGAUAGCAUGACGAACGAGCGUCUCUGUUUGUAGUAUUCACAUGGUGCUGGAGUCCUUCUUGAUUGGUUCCUUACUUGCAGCAUUUUAACUCUUCAUACAUUCUGCAUAUACUGGCAGUCUAUAUGUAUAUGUGAUGUAUGUCUAUGAAAACAUGGUGGGUCUGAUAUCCCUAAGACCAUAUGAAACUUAUGUUACUAAAUAUUAUAGCACCGCUAUCACCACUUACCUUGAGGUUUUUUUUUUCAUGGUGAAACUUUUUUUUGCAUAUCUGCAGGGUACUAUGGCUGCAGGCUAGAGUUAUAAAUGUAAAAUGUGUAAGGUGUUUAUCUGUACCCUAUUUGUGUUCUUCCAGAAUUUAUGGACCUGGCGUAUUUAGGGGCGUCAUUCAGUGAACUGGAAGGAUCCACCUGUGUACGAUUCAUACCUCAAACAACAGAGACGGACUAUAUAAGCUUUGAAAAUUUACAGGGGUAUGUACAGAUAAGGCAGCCAUUUACCCAGCAAAACACUCACUCACACAAAUAGACACACAAUCACAUGCAUGCAUAGACACACACAUUCACACAUAUAUAGACAUGCACUCAGGGCCAGAUUAAGAGCCCAGUGGGCCUGGUGCUGACAAUUAUGAUGGGCCAAAUUACAGAAUCUUAUUGACCAAACACACUAAAACAGUCCUACCUCCCAAGCGUCAUGUAUCUGAUGGAGAUGGUGCUGUAGGGAAACUCACAGGAUGCAGCUAUGAGAAAACACAUACCCUAUGUUUAUCUCACGCUUUCACCUUUCAAGUAAAUCCAUAUCUCUAACAGCAGUGUCCAGUAAAGCAGAAAGUCUAUGGAUGGGGUAAAAGGGUGGGCCACUGACACAAAUCACAUUACCAGAACUGCCGAAAGGGACGAACAUACACAAAAAGGGGGCAUUUCUGUGUCCCCAUGUCUCCCAGUCCCUGAGUGUCUGUGUCCCCAUGUGUCCCAAUCCCUUAGUGUCUGUGUCCCCAUGUAUCCCAGUGUCCCCAUGUCACUGGGACACUGGGGGACAUUGAGGGACAUUGGGACACCGAGAGAGCUGGGGAAACUGAGAAACUAGGGAGACCUGUGGACAGUGGGUGACUUUGAGACACGAGAGGACACUGGGAGACAUAGGGCACUGAGACAAUGUGAUACAUAGGACACACUGUGAUAUAUAGGGGACACUCGAGACUUGAUAAAGACCUGGGUACAGGUGUACAAUUAACCUGCUUAAAUCUAUCACAGUGCGUGCCUGAGAUUUUUUUCUUUUAUACUAGGGGACACUGAGAUACUUGGGGGCACUGUGAGACAAGGGGACACUGGGAGACUAGGAAUUCUGAGAGACUAGGGACACUGAGAGACACCAGGGGCACUGGGAGAGAUGGGGUACUGAGACAUCCUGAUACAUAGGGGACACUGUGAUACAUAGGGGACACUGGAGACUUGGGUACAGAUAAAGAUAAAGACCUGGGUACAGGUCAUAACGUUGCGUUGUGCAAUAAACCUGCCUAAAUCUAUCACAGUGAGUGCCUGAGAUGUUUUUCUUUUAUACUAGGGGACAUUGAGACACUAGGAGACUAGGGGACUUUGGGAGACUAGGAAACACUGAGACACUAGGGACACUGGCACACUACGGACACUGAGACACCAGGGACACUAGGAGACAUGGGGAUACUGAGAUAUUAGGGACACUGGCUGGGAGACAUGGGGAUACUGGGAGUGCGCCAUGUUUCCCAGGUCUCAAAGUCUCCCAGUGUCUCCAUGUCUCCCUGAGUCCCCAUGUCUCUCAGUGUCCCCUAGUGUCUCAGUGUCCCCAUGUCGCCCAGUGUCCCCUGGUGUUUGUUUCCCCAUGUCUCCCAGUAUCCCUUAGAGUCUGUGUCCCCAUGUCUCCCAGUGUCCCGAUGUCACUAGGACACUAGGGUACACUUAGAGACAUUGGGACACUGUGAGACAUGGGGACACAGACACUGGGAGAGACAUGGGGACACUGAGAGACUAGGGGACUCUGGGAGACUAGGAACACAGACACUAGGGACACAGAGACACCAGGGACACUGGGAGACAUGGGGACACUGAGACACUAGGGAUGCUGGCUGGGAGACAUGGGGACUGGGAGACUAGGGGCCACUGGGAGACAUGGGGCCACUGUGUCCCUAGUGUCUCAGGGUGUCCAUGUUCCACAGUGUCCCUAUGUCUCCCAGUGUCCCAAUGUCUCAGUGUCCCCAAGUUUCUCACCGUCCCCAUGUCUCCCAGGCUCGGAGUUGCUGUCUGACCUCUCUGUGCAGAGCUGCUCCCCCACAGAUCAGUGUGUAGAGAGAGGCAGAUGCUGUAACUUCUUAUUCCUGCCUCUCUCCACACAAGCAGCGACCCCUACUGGCUGGUAUUGCAGAAUAAUCUCUGUUUAUACUCUGUUUACUACUGCAAUACCAGCACCAGCUAGGCAGCCUCAAAUACCUGAGAAAUACUUCUGAGAAAUACCUGGCAACCAUAAGAAAUACAUGAGACAUACCUGGCAAUCCUAAGCCCCUAUGUUAAUCUGGCCAUGCAUGCACUUACACAGUCACAUACAUACAUACAUACAUACAUAGACAACCAGUCACAUAUACAGUUUCAUACAUACAUACAUAGACUCACAUACACAGACACAGGGUUUGGAUCAAUAACCCUCCCUCCUAGCCUCUUACCUCUGUUGAUACCUGGGUAAGAAUAGGAGGCUAGAGGCUGCAGACCAUGGUCUCUCGUGGUGGAAAAGCAGGAAAGCUGUGCCCAGUAAGCAGGGCUAUACAAGCGAACAUGCAUUUUGCAACACCCCCCACCCAAAAAAAUCUUCACCUGUGCGUCUAUUAAUCCCCGUUAACCCCUUUAGUGUUUGUUAUCCUCCAUUUUCCCAUUUGUGUGUCUCUUAUUAGCUCCUUGAGUGUCCCUCACUUCCUCCCACUUUGCUUGUAUCUUACUCCUCCCAGCUCCUUUGUGUGUGUGUGUGUGUGUCUUUCUCCACCUAGCACCUCUGUGUGCCUCUGUCCCAGCACCUUUUCUGUUUCACCCCCAGUCCCUCUGUGUGUCUCUUCUUCUCCCCCAGCCCAUUUGUGUGUCUAUUUCUUUGCUUCCCUAGUCCCUCUGAAUAUCUACUUUCCUAUUCCCUACUUCCUCAGAGUGUACCUCCCCCCCAGCCCUUCUGUGUGUCUUGUCGCCCCUCGUCCCUCUGUAUGUCUCUUUUUUCCUUCCCCAGGCCCACUGUGUCUCUUUCUCCCCCUUUUCUCCAUCUCUUUCCCCCAGCCAUUUUGUGUGUCCCUUGUUUUCCUUCCGCAGCCCCUCUCUUUGUCCCUUUAUAUCUUCAACCACCCCCCCCCCUCCCUCCAGUAGCUGUAGUUGUCAAGUGUGAUAAAUUAUAAUAAAAACCCAUUACACAAUUACAUGGUCACAUUAGCCAUUUUCCCAUGGCCACAAAUCUGGAAGGUUGCCGUGAUCUGAUUUGUUCUAGAAGGUAUUACCACUUAGCCCGAACGGAAUCAGAUCAUGCAUCGGGAUUAGGCGUUAAUGCAUGAUCUGAUUGGUCUGUGAGGUCACCCAAACAGACCAUGCAUCAGGGUGAGUGCUAAUGCCUUGUGUCUGCUCAGCCACAAUACACAAACUGACUGGCAGGAGAGAGUGCUGUGCUGUGCCUUCCCUCCAGCCAGUCACCCAGCCAUUGCGUCCCUUGGGCCGGUGCACUCUAACGGUGCUGUAUGUGCUGCCUUAUGGUUGUGCCGGCCCUUCCAGCACACACACUCAUUCUCUGGAAUGUUGCCAUGGCAAUCAUAGCAGCAGAUAUGCAACAUCAGGUUUAUGAUUUUAUGAUGAGCACGCUCGAUGGGUUACUUGUUGGCAUGUAUCUGUGAUCUGGACUGCCAUCUUGAAAUUGUUUUAAUGGAUGGAUAUUUACUCUUUAAGUUAAAUAUCAAUUGUCUUUCAGGUGUUGGUCUUCGAUAGGCUGUGUUGGUGGUGCACAGACAGUGUCCCUGGGGAAGCCUGGGUGUAUGUGGACAGGUAUUAUGACCCAUGAAAUCAUGCAUGCUCUAGGUCUUCACCAUGAACAUGUGAGGAUGGACAGAAGUCAAUAUAUCAACGUUCUUUGGCAAAACAUCUUGUCGGGUAAGUUCUUCACACCUGUAGCAAUGAAUGCUCAAUAUCUUUAGAUCUUUAUGAUGAUCGAGACAGUUUGCUUAAAAUGUACAUAGGUGAUCACCAGUUUAAAUGUAGGUUUAUUUGUUGAUGUGACUUUGAUAUACCAUAUCAUGUUCCAUGCCAUUAACACAGUGUAGGCUCAUUGUGGCACUCCAGAUGUUCUUGAAUUCCUUGCUCCUUGAUACUCAUACAGUAUCUAGGCUGGCUAAGUAACAUGCGAAAUUUAGUAAACACACAUCUAGGAUGGUGAGAUAUCUCUGAUUUGUGUGCAACAGUCUCUUUAAUCAUACCUCUCUUUGUUACAUUCUCUGUAGAUUACAAAUCUAAUUUUGAAGAGAGUUUCACCCUCAACCUUAACUUGAGCAGCUAUGACUAUGGAUCUCUCAUGCAUUACGAAGGGUAACAGUAUGACACAUCUCUAAUAAUGUUCCCAAAUAGUUCACCACAGACCAGAGGAAAAUAUUCAACUUGCCCAGGGAACUACUACCAUCAGUUUGCCCGUUGUCUUCAGGUCAUGGGGAAAUGAGCAAUAAAAAAAAGGUGGAGAUGGGAUUAUUCCAGCAAGUUAAAGUGUAAGCUCUUUAGGUGAUCUACAAUGAACAAGUCAAAGCUUUGCCAGAUUAGUAGGUUAUUUUAAAUGUGCUCCAAGGGUUGGUGGGGAGCAGAUCUACAUUGGCCAUAUUUUAAUUCCAUUAUCAAUCAGUCAGCCAAAUAUAGUGUACCAAAAUCAUAAUUUAUUUACCACAAUAAUGAAUUCCAUAUUUAUUUGUUUGAAUCUCUGUUCUAAUUAUACUUAAUUUUCCUCUAACAGAACUGCUUUCUCUAUCGAUGGUAUUUCGCCGACUAUAGUUGCUAUCCCAUACAACAAUGUCUCAUUUGGACAACGAUCAGAAAUGAGCCAACUAGACAUCGUGAAAAUUAAUACUCUAUAUAACUGCAGUAAGUACAGUGCAACACUAUCACCGAGUCAUAUGUUGUAGACGAGGAAUACAGUUAAAUGGGCAUAAAAACCCGAUAGCUUUGGGUGCACUGUGGCGCCACUCAUGAGAUUAUAGGAUGAUAUUUAACCAUUAAGAAUACAUGGUAUAAAUGUAUUAGAUGUAUUACCCAACUCAAUGGCACUAAUUUUAUCGACCUCGGACUGAUCAAAGGCUUAGCUUACCUAGUCUUAAAUCGAAGUACAAUGCCAAAUUUCUGCUGUUGGAGCAUUGAUUUUGUGAUGAACUCUGCCCAGUCCGCUUCCUAAGUCGCCAAAGGUGGACUGGGGUCUCUCCGGAGUUGUUUCACCUGACCAGGCUGGAGCUCUCUCUUUCCAGGCAGGUAUCGUCCCCUGUGCCUCUUCCACUGCAGCUUUCACCUAUGUCAACUUUUACUUGUUAUGUGAUUAGUUCCUGUCUUUAUAAAGACACUUGUGGCUCAAAGACCUAGCUCUUUUGACUCUGUCCCAUGCUACAAGGACCAUGCAGCCAGUCAACAAGUCCAAAGACCGUUACUGGUAUUCCUGAAUAAAUUAGACACGAGACACACAGUUCCAAAAGGAACUAGCAUUCUCAGUUUCAUUUUAACUAAGGACUAGCCUAUAGGCAAGUUACAUUAAACUUACGGUGACAACUCAAUAACCUACAAAUAAUCAAAUAAUUUGGGGAAACACACAGGAACUCACAAUAAUACUAUAGCAUAUUAACUAAAGGGGUGGAGAAAACAAUAAUUAACACAAAUUGUCUCUCCUGCCUGCAGAAAGCAUAAUAUGCAAAUCUACCUGAAUAUGCAAAUUACAGUCUUGCUAUUUAGGGAGUGCAUAUACAAGUGCAACCAACAGGGGCCACUGUAUAUAACUGUUGUAACCAGCAGGUGGAACUGCACAUAUUUUGGAAUGGGACAAGGUUCAAGGUUCAGAAACCCCCUACCAAGUUACAUUUCACUGGAGAAACUUCCAACCAUACCUUGCCAUAAGACUGCACUAGAGCGUAAAAAAAAAGGUUAAUGGAAGUAGCUUUAAGUUGGCCCCACCUCUCUUUAAAUCCAAAUGUUUGCUGACCCACAACAAAUGCACUGAUCUCUGAGUAGCUUAGCUUCUUCUUUAGUUCUCCUUGUUUGAAGAGCUGUAGGAAAUUUUCUCAGAUUUUUUAGCAACUCAAACCUUUGAUCCAAAAAUGUAUCCAGAGUCCAAUGAUAAUAAUAUAAUAAAAUGAGAAUGACUAUAUGCUUUUGUGUUACGCACCGUAAUCUAAAAUUAAUAUCCUUCUCUUCAACAGAUAAACAGACGGAUGACAUAAGAGUUCCUGCAGUCAACAUAAAUAACCCCAUUGUAGCUGCCAUAAUCACUUCUCCUACUACCACUCGUACCACCACCACUGCCACUUCUCCCACUACCACUCGUACUACUACAACUUCUCCCACUACCACUCGUGCCACCACCACUCGUACUACUACCACUUCUCCCACUACCACUCGUACCACCACCACUGCCACUUCUCCCACUACCACUCGUACUACUACCACUUCUCCCACUACCACUCGUACCACUCACACUUUUACCACUUCUCCCACUACACUCGUACUACUACCACUGCUACUUCUUCUUCCCUCUACUACCACUCGUAUUUCACUACUACUUCUCUACUACUACUGUAUCUACUCACUACUGUAUUUCACGCCUACUUCUCCUACUACUACUGUCUCACUACCACUCGUACCACCACCACUGCCACUUCUCCCACUACCACUCGUACUACUACCACUCGUACCACUCGUACUACUCCCACUACCACUCGUACCACUGCCACUACCACUCGUACCACCACCUUACCUACCACUACUCGCACCACCACCACUGCUACCACCACUACAACCACAAAAGCCACCACCACCCAGACUACCACCACACCUCCUUUGGUGGUCAGUAAUGGUAAGAAAAUAUUCUUUUAAAGCUGCAACAUAAAAAAAGGCAGUUUCAUGUGAAAUGUAGUGGUGUGUUACAGAUAAAUGUAAAGGACAUGGAGAUGGAUAUAAUAAAAAAAAACUGCAUAUAACAAUAAGGUAACCAGCAACCAGAAGGCCAGAUAAUGUUCUGGUGCAUGGAGUAAUGGACCAGUUUGCGUCUUCUAGUAGUGAAAGACGUGCCUUUGCUGACCAAAUGUCUCCCUUAAAGGAACACUAUAGUCACCUAAAUUACUUUAGCUAAAUAAAGCAGUUUUAGUGUAUAGAUCAUUCCCCUGCAAUUUCACUGCUCAAUUCACUGUCAUUUAGGAGUUAAAUCACUUUGUUUCUGUUUAUGCAGCCCUAGCCACACCUCCCCUGGCUAUGAUUGACAGAGCCUGCAUGAAAAAAAACUGGUUUCACUUUCAAACAGAUGUAAUUUACCUUAAAUAAUUGUAUCUCAAUCUCUAAAUUGAACAUUAAUCACAUACAGGAGGCUCUUGCAGGGUCUAGCAAGCUAUUAACAUAGCAGGGGAUAAGAAAAUCUUAAUUAAACAGAACUUGCAAUAAAGAAAGCCUAAAUAGGGAUCUCUUUACAGGAAGUGUUUAUGGAAGGCUGUGCAAGUCACAUGCAGGGAGGUGUGACUAGGGUUCAUAAACAAAGGGAUUUAACUCCUAAAUGGCAGAGCAGUGAGGCUGCAGGGGCAUGUUCUAUACACCAAAACUGCUUCAUUAAAUUAAAGUUGUUCAGGUGACUAUAGUGUCCCUUUAACUUUAUUUAUGUUGUAUUUUUGAAAACUUGAUGUUCUUUUUAAAGUACCAGCUCUCAUGGCCACUACCUGGUUAAUCUCAUGGGCAUAUCUGAUCUACCUGGUUAAUCUCAUGGGCAUAUCUGAUCGCUUUCCAAGAUGUUUCUUACUUGGGAUAGGUACUUGGGUAUAUGGAAAGCAGAAUUACUAUUAUCAUAUGAGAUGUUUCGCUGUCUUCACAGGUUGUGGUGGAAACUUCACAGCUGCAUCGGCGAUCAUCACGUCUCCUAACUACCCCAAAAAUUAUCCCAGCAGUGCAUACUGCGUAUGGAACAUCACUACCACCGCUCCGGUAAGGUCUGACCUGUGUUUUGUAAAACAUGAGGAACCCUUUUGAUGUUUAGACUGUCAUUAAUGUUUACCUGAGUAAACAUAAUACAGCUUUUCCAUUAAGUUCCAUGUUUAUAUAUAUAUAUAUAUACACUCCAUAAUGAAGGUCUCUGCAUAAAUCAUCUACACUUGUGAAGGUAUUGUUUUUAUUCCCCCUUUUGUUCUCAGCCCUUUAACAUGACAACCCCCCACACCCGCCCCAGUCAUUCACAUCUCCUUAUCAACAAGGCCACCUGAAGCCUUUCAUUCCAUUAAUGAGUCAUGCCAUAGUAGCCAAGUUUAUUUUUUUUAACAAAUGCAUUUUUAAAGAGAGAGCUGUAAUAACUGAUUUAGAAGUUUCACCUGCAAUAUGUCAUUUCCUUACAGUUCUCAGUGACUUUCACGUAUUUUGACAUUGAAAAUGCAAUAAAUUGUGAGUUUGACUCCGUGAAGAUAUACAGAGGACCAAGCCCAAGUAAAAUGUACCUGAUGGAUAGCCAUUGUGGACAAACGUUACCCCGCCAACUUCUUUUCUAUACUAAUUCAGUUCAAAUUGUUCUCACCACCGAUGACAGUGUCCAAAACCGGGGAUUCCGACUUGUUUACCAAAAAGGUAAGGACAAAAAGGAUGCCAUUGACAACUGACUUUUUCUUGAAUUGGGUAGCAAGUCAGCUUCCCAAUAAUGGUAAAUUCUAUGCAGGAUUACUUAUAAGUUAUACAAUAGCCUAUUAUUGCUGUGUCUGUCAUGGAUUUAGAUAAAAGAACCAUCAUGACCAGGGAUGGUAGGUGUUUUUGCAUUAAUAUGUGUUUAUCAGCAGCAGGACUUCAGCAUGUAAGCCUAAAAAAAUAAUAAACUUUAGUGCCUACAUUAUGGUAAAUUGUGUAAAAAUGGGAAUAUCGUAUAGCUCUUAUAAACACACCUAUACAAUUCAUGGAAACUAAAACCAAUAAAAUAUAUGCAUUAAAAAAAUCCAUGAAUACUGAAGGUGUACUAAAAUUCUUACUCGAUUCAGCUGCACGUCCUAUAUCCUUUUAGACGUAAUUGUUGCCAUUGUUUUUAUAUGAGAAAGAUUAAGAUCCUCGCAUCCUAGAAGGUUGACAGUUUGGGUAAUCUACCUGAAGCCUUUGGCUGAGACAAAGACCAAGCCACAACUCCCAUAUUUAAUCCCCCUUCUGUUAUUCUUCUCCCAUUGAAGUUGGAAAUUUAAUAUGUUAAAGAAAGAUAAACAAACUAAAUUUUUAUAUAGUUGCGAUUUUUGUAGAAUAUGUGGUGCAUUCCGCCUUGAGUCAUUUUUCAAGUAUUUUAGUCUUUAUUAGGAAUAAGAUCCAUACAAUAAGAUCGUUAGUUGACACAUUGGCAGGUAUUUUUAGUCUAAUGAAAAUAUUAAAAAAUAUCCAAACGUUUAUUUUUCUUUAGUUGAUCGUAGGCAUGGCUAAUCUUAAGAGAUGUUUCCUGUAGUCAAUCAUUAGAGAGUCCCUUUAAAAUUGACCAAUGAUCAUAGCUUUUAGAAUUUUAAAUUAUGUUAUUUCUAUUCCAUUCUUAUUUUGCAGUUUGA